AUGAAGAUUGUUAUCCAAAGAGUCAAAUCAGCCUCUGUGACUGUGGAUGAGGAGCUGGUUUCAUCUAUUGGUCGUGGCCUGCUUGUUUUUGCAGGUAUCGGUCAUGAAGAUACAGAAAAGGAAGCUGAUAAUCUGGUGAACAAAGUCUUAAAAGCCAAAUUUUGGCCUGAUGAGAAUGGAGCACAGUGGAAGAAGAAUGUCCAGGAUGUUGAAGGCGAGAUUCUAUGUGUAUCCCAAUUCACCCUCUAUGGAAAGAUGAAAAAGGGCAACAAGCCCGACUUCCACGAUGCAGCGAAGCCUGAGGCUGCCCGGCGAAUCUACGACUACUUCUAUAACAAAAUGGGCUCUUCAUACAUCCCGGGCCGAGUCAAAAACGGUGUCUUUCAGGCAAUGAUGGAGGUCGAAUUGAAGAAUGAUGGGCCGGUGGGUGUUGACUACCGCAGUGAAGACGCGGCGGUGACUAUUGAAAUCAACACCAACCUUCCAAAGAAAGAGCCCAAAGAGCCCAAAGAGCCGAAGAAUGAAUCAACGGAGAAAGAGAAAGAACACGAUGGGCCAAUUCAGCAAACAUUUGAAUUCGAAAUACCUCCUGAGUUGCUGCAAUAA